CACGUCUCUCUCUUGCUCUCUUCCUUUCACCUGGUUUCACCACCUCAAAAACCACCACCCCCUUUCAGAAACAAAGAGUGAAAGCUAGAAAGAAAAGCAUAUCAAGGAGAGGAAGAGGAAGAAGGAGGAGGCAAAGGGGUGCUGCCAAUUUCCGUCCAGCAGCGAGACAGCCUGUGAGAAGGACGAUUCCGGACAAUCAAACCGUUGGAUCGUCCUGAGAUUUGUAGGUUGGGUUUCAUACUUCUUUGGCUACGAUUUGACCGUUGGGAUCAUCGAUAUGAUCUCUGGUUCAUCGAGGAAAGUCGCUGGACAGAAGGGGUGCGAUACUGUUUUUCUGUAGCAGGACAGCAGAUUAGAGAUCAAGAUCAGAAGUAAGGUCUGUACUGUAGAUAUCGGGACUCAAGCGUGAAGGGAAGCCAUGAGGUGGGCGGCGGACUCCGAACUCCUUAAAUGUUUUAUGUUGUGUGGAUUUUGUAACAAAGCGGACUUUCCCGGUUUUCUGUUUUGACUCUGAUGAAAAUGUAAAUUAUGGUUUGAAGUUAAAAAAAAAUAUAUAUAUCUGUAGAGCUCGGGCCCGAGUAUGUUUAAAUUCGAUGUAUUUUACUGUUUCGUUUUGUAAUAUAAAGUAAGGGUUUUACAUUUGUGGUAUCAGAGCUGGGAUAUGAUCCCGUGGAUACCAAUUGUUUUAAACGAGAUUUUACUGUGAAAACUUAAAUGAUUUCACGGGGAAGUGACUAAUUAUUGAUUUUGACUCCGGAUUUUGUUUUUGUGGAGUUCAGUCAAGGAGCAGAUCCGCAACCUCACGGGAACCCUAAUGCUGGAGGUUCUAAUUUUAAUGGGAAUAAUGCUGAGUCCCGCAAUAGAGCCAACCCUUAUGUCAAGGAUUUUGAAAGGCUGAGGAAUAUGGGGGCUGAGUUCUUUAAAGGGGCUAUUGACCCUAUAGAUGCUCUGGACUGGAUCAAGGAGAUGGAACGAAUCUUUAACCUCCUUGAGUGUCCUGAUGAAGCAAGAGUGGAGUAUAUGUACUACCUGCUCAGGUCUGAUGCUUAUGACUGGUGGUUGACCGUACCCGGGGCUCAGGAUCGUACUAUUCGAUAUACCUGGGCGGAAUUUCUUGAGAAAUUCCGUAAGCAAUAUGUGCCUGAUCUGUAUGUGGAUAGGAAGAAGAAAGAGUUUCUGGACCUGAAACAGCAAAGGGGGCAGACUGUUAAAGAGUAUGAUGCCACUUUCCAUCGUUUGAUGACCUUCGCGAUGGAGUUGGUACCUACUGAACGAGCUAGAUGUAACCGCUAUGAGCAAGGCCUGAAUCCCCAGAUCAAGAUGAUAGUAGCAAAAUCAGAGACGGCUGAUCUUGCCACCUUGAGAGAGGCUGCCAUGAGAGCAGAGGAUUUGGUGAAUGAAAUGGGAGCACAAAUGGCUGAAGGAAGGAAAAGAACGUGGAAGAAUGUGGGUUCCUCGAGUGCUGGGAACUCAUUCGGGGGUAGACCUAAUCAGAGUCCGAAGAUUUCACGUCCAGUGGCCAGUUACCCCGGACAGGAGCGGAGAAGUGCAGGCCCAGCUCCUAUUUGCCCACAUUGUGGGAAUCAGCAUGUGGGUGUUUGUAGGAGGGUGACUGGUGGGUGUUUCCGAUGUGGAGACACCAGCCACUUCCUCCGUGAUUGUCCCCACAUGUCAGAGUCCAGGCCUGCUGGAUCCCAGACCACAAUUCAAGGGUCCAGAAGGACUGGAGGUUCAGUGAGAGGAUCAGGAAGAGGUGGUAAUAAUCGUGGCAAAAGUCAGGGUGGACAAAGCAGUCGGGGUGAAGUGCAGCCACGAGCCUUUGCUAUGACUAGGAGGGAGGCUGACAUCUCUCCAGAGGUCGUUACUGAUCAAGAUCAGAAGUAAGGUCUGUACUGUAGAUAUCGGGACUCAAGCGUGAAGGGAAGCCAUGAGGUGGGCGGCGGACUCCGAACUCCUUAAAUGUUUUAUGUUGUGUGGAUUUUGUAACAAAGCGGACUUCCCCGGUUUUCUGUUUUGACUCUGAUGAAAAUGUAAAUUAUGGUUUGAAGUUAAAAAAAAAAUAUAUCUGUAGAGCUCGGGCCCGAGUAUGUUUAAAUUCGAUGUAUUUUACUGUUUCGUUUUGUAAUAUAAAGUAAGGGUUUUACAA